AUGGAAUCGGUGAAAAUAGGUGGAGAACAUGUACGAAUAAAAAUGGAACAUUUGAAUGGAUAUAUUAUUUCAUACUGGGAUAAUGCAGUGAAUGGAUUGAAAGUUAUCACUGACUAUGUGACCAAUCUAUUCAAUAUUGAUGUAUCAGAUAUCUGGGCUUCAAAGCAAUCUCUCCAUAUAAUUGAAUGGGUGAACAGAAGACAAAAGACACCGUUGAAAAACGUUCUUUACUCGAGUGCUACCGCAACAUCAGAAGAAGAGAUGAUUUGUAUUCUGAAAGACUGCCGUCCGAUCUCUCGAUUAAGCAUACAUCUAAAGCCGCCUCAGAACUUUCGGUUCGCGGAAAAGUUCCCAAAAAUCGAUUGCUUAGAAAUCAGUAAUUCCAAAUGGGUAACAAUCGAUGAUCUGUUGAGCAUGGAUGGAAUUGAUAUUCAUCUAGACAAUGCCAGUCUCAAUAAUAGUGAUUUGAAUGUCUUCCUCAGGCACUGGCUGUCUGGGGGGUGUCCCCGAUUGAAGCUAUUUAGCGCCGAAACUGGUUCCGUGAAUAUCUUACAUGUACUCGAUGGUUUACCUCCUAAUCCCAUUCUUGUGGAGGAUAGGCGAGACUACACCAGUCCAUUUGGAUACAGAAUAGCUUUGUCAUUUGGAAUCGAUAUACAACGUGCGGAUGUUCCACCGGCCCAAUGUCUUCCUUCCACAGACAUCACUGUUUUGUACGCGUAUUCUACUGAUAUCGACGCUGAUACAUAUGGGUAUGGUGCCUCUAAUGUGAUCGGUUAUGCUCCUAAAUAUGCAACAACGGCGAAUGUUCGAUUUGAUACGAAACAGGAAGAAGAUAUUGAGUAUCACACGGACUCUGAAAGUUUGAGUGAUUCUCUAAAUUUCCAUUUACCUGAUCCAUCACUUGGAUAUGGAAACAAAACAACUGGAAGCAAUUUGUACACUGUUUUAAAAAAGUUUCUCAAUAAUCGGAAGGUUUCAUUAUGCGGAGCCCACGUUUUCAUUGCAGUAAAACGAUAUCCAGAUGAGUCUGAUGUGUCCGACAUAAUUACCCAACUUCGAGCAAAUCAUGUGAUUGUGUAUAUUGCUGUCGACAGUAUCCCAUCGGGUGGAUCCAAUUCUGCAACAUUAUAUGAAAUGUCAUAUCAAACCAAUGGAUAUAGUCUGUUCGCCACCGGCAGUGAUCUCCGAUAUGCGUUUGAGUGGAUGACCGCAAUACUUCAGACCCCUUACCAAAUCAUUGCUCAAAACUUUGUAGUUUCUGAAUCGGGACGAAUCGAAGUAUCGACAUUCACAACUCCGAUACCAACGGGUUACGCAAGCCCAUGUUUUUUUGCAACAACUAUUCAAAACCACACACUUGACAAUUCAUUUGUAUCAAUGAAUUAUACAAUUGAGAGUACUGAUGGAUCUUUUGUUUAUACAUUCCCGGGUGGCUACUCCUUACCUCUUUAUGGAACUGAGCAAACAGAUUUCUCAACUUUGAACGGAUCCCUCUCAUACAAAUGGACAAUUGACUAUCAUUAUGACACUGAUGCACCACAAAUCAUUCAAUUAAGAAUGUACAGCCAUUAUUAUCACGACUUCCUCCCACUGCCAGUAUUCUAA